AUGCGUCCGGCACAACUCCUUUCCUCGAUCGCUCUCUUCUCAGCACUCAGCUCGGCUUCAGCACCAUGGUCUGAAUCUUUCCAUCUCAAAGCCAUUCGCGACAUCAACAACUUGGUCUUCGCACGACAGGACAGCUCGGAAUCUACCACGGUCGCUUCAAAGACAUCCGAUGCCUCGAGCGCACAAUCCACAAACGAGUCGUCAGCAAAGUCCACAGCAAACUCCUCGAACAAGGACUCGUCAACCACAAACAGCGAUGCUUCUACUACCGGCUCAGAUAAGAGUGCUGCCGCCUCGUCCGGUGCUUCUCAGUCUGGCGACUCCUCAGGUGCCUCGACCACUGGCAAAUCGACAGCCAACAGCAGCGGAAGCAACAAGGGUACCGCCACCACAAAAUCCUCCAAGUCAAAAACAUAUGGUGUCUCAGCUGGCUACGGAGGUAUUGCCAUGAUCACCCCCAACAUUUUCUCGUCCUCAUCAUACUAUAAAGUUGGCGAUUAUGUCACCUUUGCCUGGAACAUGACUUCGUUGUCUGUCACCCCUACCGCGCUCGAUAUUAUGGCCUCUUGCGGUGCUAACCAGAACAUGUACACCCUGGCUGUCAACCAGACUGUCAAUGGCUCUACUGGCGCUAUCACAUGGGAUACUGGCAACUACCAGGCCACUGCCACUAUUCCAUUACUUACCGAAACUUAUACUCUCAUCAUUAUGGAUGCUGCUAUGCCCGCCGUCUCUGCCACUGCCGCUUAUGGUGGUCUUCCCGUCUUCAGUGGUCAUCGCUUUGGCAUGUACACUCCUCAGCCCUACUCGAACACUUCGGGCAACGACACUGAGAUCUACACCUGCGUAACUUGCAAGAGUGCUGCUAGCUCGUUGGAGACGCAAUCUCUAGCUGUUCUUUUUAGUAUUGUCUUUAUCACCAUUGCCACCUACACGACUCUCGUGAGUGGCUUCGACAUUAUAUAA